GAACAUCUGCAAACGCUGGCAGGGGCCGUGGCACCGGAGGGCCCUGGCUUCUUCUACUUGAAGAUCCCGAGCGAGGAGCUCGUACGGUUGGCGGAGGAUGUGCUGCAGCGCUCCAGAGAGUUCUUUGCGCUCCCACCCGCAGAAAAGCAGAUGCUGGACAACUCGGAGGCACUGUGGUACUGGGUGAAGGACGCAGAGAGCGGUGCCAUAGCAUCAAUACCGUCGACAGGUUCAGGCUAUCGGGGCGUGAGCAAGGAUGCCAACUUUUCGGGAGACAUGCGCGAAUCCUACAACCUCGGGGCACCGUCUGAGAUCCUCGUCGUCUCCAGCGACACCUGCGGCAUGGGGGCGAAUCCAUGGCCCGACUCAACGACAACCCCCAGCGCCAGAGAGAGCUGGUGUCAAACUUUUCGGCUGCAGGCGGCGGAGUAUUUCGCACAGUGCCUGGCGACUUGCAGUACCCUGCGGAAGAAGUUGGAGGACCCGAGCUGCCUCGGCCCUUUUCUGCUGGACAGCCUGGCGUCGGAUCGAGCCUUCGAGCGCUCCACGAGCCUACUGGGCUUCACGCACUACAACUACUCCCAGUUUCGCCCGGCAGAAGGAUAUUCUGGAUCGGAGAAGACACAGCAGCGAGCUUUUGGUAUCCGCCCACAUCAAGAUGAUGGAUUGUGCACCUUGCUCUACACGGAUGGACAGGGAGGCCUCGAGUACGCCAAGGGACUUCGGGAGGCCUCGUCGGAGAUGUCGCUCUACUCCGGAACGCAUUGCAGAGCAGACCUUCAGUUCUCAGAUGCUGUGAUUUGGGAGCCCGUUCCCUUCCUGCCAGGGCACUGGAUCGUCAACCUCGGUACAGACCUCUUCCGCUGGGCCGCGCAGUCCUCGAGCCAGUCGGCUCUCUGUCGCCCCUGCAAGGCCACCCUGCAUAGGGUCGUGCCAAUUACUGGCACCACUGAUCGCUACUCUAUGCCAUUCUUUUACGAGCCGAACUUGGAUGUGCGUGACCCCUACCCUCCACAUACAGCCAGGUACGAGUACUUGAUCCGGGACGCUGCGGACGGUGUGGUGCGAAAGCUACAGGAGAAGUCCGGGAAGCCAUGA